AUUUGCUAAACUAAUAAACAUUAUAUUUUAUAAAUAGCAAUAAGCUACUAUUUACUUUCAGGUAUUUUUUUUUAAAUAGCUAAUAAAUAUUUAUUUGAAUAUCAAAUACUAAUUUGUAUCCAAUAAAUACUAAUUACCCUAAACAAAAAAUGUCGCUAAAAUAUAACGAAGAGUUCAAAUACGCAUUACGUGAUAUAGCAAACAACUCAUUCAAACUGGAAAACCAAUUUGACAGAGUUCGUUGUACUGAAUGGGUUCAUAAACUGGUGAUGUUGUCAGACGACUCUUUAGAAAACAUUAAAAUUCGCAAUGAUUAUGCCCAAUAUUUACGUAUAAUGCUAAGGGCUGGUAUUCUGCAUGGAAUCUUUUCCAACAGUCCACCAACAACUUUAAUGCCUUUCCCUGAAGCUAUGGGAAAGCUAGUAGCAUCAAAGGUAACAUCUCUUCCGCCUAUGGGACCAAUAAAUGUGUAUAUGAAGCACUGGUCUCCAGAUGGACGAGCUUAUGUAGCUAUAAAACCGAUACCUGGAAAAGGAGUGUUAACAUAUCUUUCAGUCACUCCAAUAACUGAUGGACAACAUAAUUAGUUUAAACAUUAAUAAAUUUUAUUUUUAAUUGA